UCUAUAAGGGAAAAAUGAUUGACUAAUCCAUUGUAAUUCUUAUUUUCCUGUCCUUCAUUUCAUUUGCAUACAUCCUUGUUGUUGUGGUAAGAUAAAAAUAUAGCACAAAAAAAACAAACAGAUCCAGAGAAGAAACGUAGUCAGGAGGCAGGAAGAGAUUGUACCGAAAGCAAUAGAUGUGAAGCAAAAUUGAAGUCAAAAGUUAUGCAAGAUCGAUGCCUAAAGAUAGUCGUCAUUGCAGUUGUUGUGUUUUUAUUCGUGGCUGCUGGGACGGCCAUCAUAGCCAUUAAACUCGUGGAGAAUCAACCCAAAUGCUGUCCUGUGCUGUGGGUUCUGAACAAAGAGAACUGCUACUAUUUUUCGACUAAUAAGACAACAUGGCAGAUGAGUAAGGACGACUGCACUUCAAGGGAGGCUCAGCUUGCUGUGACUGAGGAUGAGGAGGAGCUGAGGUUUCUCAUUCUUGAGUGCAGAUUCUUUCUUGGUUUCUGGAUUGGGCUAAAAAGAAACUCUCAACAGGAAUGGAGGUGGAUUAAUGAGCGGCCUGUCAAUCCCACCUGGAUGAAUAAAACUGAUCAACACAGAGAAUGUGCCUUCGUAGAAAAAGAGUCAAUAAACAGACAAAACUGCAGCCUUGAGAAACACUGGAUCUGUAAGAUGAGAGCUAAACAUCUGUAGUCAAAUCACAGGAACAAUCACAACAAAUUAGUUACAAA